CCCAGCUGUCUGUCCAUGAAGAGUGAUGUGUCCAAACAUAAACCUCCAGACUUCAGUCCUGAACCCUCAGACACAAAUUCUUCAUCAGUAAAUGUCUUCAGAGGGAGGAAGAGGAGUGGUGUUUGUGAUGAGGAGCAGCUGUCCUGCUGUUCUUUUUGUCAGGAUGUCCUGAAGGAUCCAGUCUCUACCAGCUGUGGACACUGCAUCACCUCACACUGGGACCAGUCUGCUUCAUCAGGACCCUCCUCCUGUCCCCAGUGUGGAGAAAGACCCGGAAGCAGAAGUGGACUUCAGACAGACAGUCAGAGCAGCUGUGUCCAAGAUGUUGGUCUGCAGGAGGUUUUAGAUGAACAUCAGAUCAGUCUGAGGAGGAGAUGUGAACGUGUGACAGAAGGAAGUGAUGAAACAGGAAGUAGAACCUUCCUCAACAGGAUCUACACUGAGCUCUACAUCACAGAGGGACAGAGUGAAGAGGUUAAUACCCAACAUGAGGUCAGGCAGCUGGAGACCGCUUCCAAGACCCAGAUCCUCCAUGAGACUCCAAUCAGGUGUCAGGACAUCUUUAAAGCCUUACCUGACCAACAUGGAGCCAUCAGAGUGGUUCUGACCAAUGGCGUGGCUGGAGUUGGAAAAACCUUCUCGGUGCUGAAGUUCACUCUGGACUGGGCCGAAGGCUUGGAGAAUCAAGAUGUCAUUGUGCUGGUUCUGCUUUCGUUCAGGGAGCUGAACCUGAUCAGAGAUGAGCAGUACAGUCUUCUCAGGCUGCUUCAUGUUUUCCAUCCAACACUCCAGAAGCUCCCAGCAGAGAAGCUGGCUGUCUGUAAACUUCUCUUCAUCUUUGACGGCCUGGAUGAAAGCAGACUUCAGAUGGAUUUCACCAACAGUCAGCUGCUUUCUGAUGUCACACAGGAGGCAUCGCUCAACGUGCUGCUGACAAACCUCAUCAAGGGGAACCUGCUUCCCUCGGCUCUGGUCUGGAUCACUUCCAGACCUGCAGCAACCUAUCAGAUCCCUCCUUCAUGUGUGGACAGGCUGACAGAACUGCCCAAGUCCAUGACUGACAUGUACUCACACUUCCUGCUGGUCCAGACUACCAGGAAAAAGAACAAGUACCAUGAAGGACCUGGGACCAGUCCACAGGAGCUGACAGAGGCUGACAGGGAAGUUCUUCUGAAGCUGGGGAGGCUGGCCUUUGAACAUCUGGAGGAAGGAAACAUCAUGUUCUACCAAGAAGACCUGGAACAGUGUGGUCUUGAUGUCACAGAGGCUUCAGUGUACUCAGGAGUUUGUACAGAGAUCUUCAAAAGAGAGUGUDUGAUCUUCCAGAAACCAGUCUACUGCUUUGUUCAUCUGAGUGUUCAGGAGUUUCUGGCUGCAGUCUACAUGUUCCACUGUUCCACCAACAGGAACAUGGAGGUGAUGGGGAUGUUUCUGGGAGAGCAUUACAGAUACUCAUCUCUGGAUGACUUCCUGAACAGAGUCAUGGAGAAAUCCCUCCACAGAAAAAAUGGCCGCCUGGACCUGUUUGUUCGCUUCCUUCAUGGCCUCUCUGUGGAGUCCAACCAGAGACUUAUAGGUUUGCUGGGUCAGACAGAGAUCAGUCCAGAAACCAUCCAGGGAGUCAUCAACAACCUGAAGAAGAUGAGCAGUUAUAGUUCUCCAGACAAAAGCAUCAGCAUCUUCCAGUGUCUGAUGGAGAUGAAGGACCUCUCAGUUUAUCAGGAGAUCCAAGAGUUCCUGAAGUCAAAGAACAGAUCAGAGAGACUCUCAGAGUUCCAGUGUUCAGCUCUGGCCUACAUGCUGCAGAUGUCAGAGGAGGUUCUGGAUGAACUGGACCUGAUGACGUACAACACAUCAGAUGAGGGUMGACUGAGACUGAUUCCAGCUGUGAGGAACUGCAGAGAGUUUGUUUUUCACAGAGCUACUGGAACUCUACUCUCAGAGCCUUACUGUGAAGUUGUGGCCUCAGCUCUGAAGUCCAACCCCUCCCAUCUGACACAUCUGGACCUGAGUGAAAACAACCUGUCUGACUCUGCAGUCACGCUCCUGUGUUCUGGACUGGAGAGUCCAAACUGUAGACUGGAGGUUCUGAGGUUGGAGAACUGCAGUUUGUCAAAGAUGAGCUGUUCUUCUCUGGGCUCAGCUCUGAAGUCCAACCCCUCCCAUCUGACACAACUGGACCUGAGUGACAACUACUUGUCUGACUCUGGAGUGAAACUUCUGUGUUCUGGACUGGAGAGUCCAAACUGUAGACUGGAGGUUCUGAGAUUGUGGCGCUGCAGUUUUUCAGAGAUGAGCUGUUCUUCUCUUGGCUCAGCUCUGAAGUCCAWCCCCUCCCAUCUGACACAACUGGACCUGAGUCACAACAGAAACCUGUGUGACUCUGGAGUGAAGAAGCUCUGUGGUUUUCUGGAGAGUCCAAAAUGUAGACUGGAGGUUCUGAGAUUAGAGAACUGCAGUUUGUCAAGGAUCAGCUGUUCUUCUCUGGGCUCAGCUCUGAAGUCCAACCCCUCCCAUCUGACUGAACUGGAUCUGAGUCACAACAACCUUCAGGCUCCAGAUGUUCAGCAGCUGUUGGAGCUUGUGGAGAGUCCAGACUACAAACUUCAGACUCUGAGAUGGUGGUGGUGGUGUGAAGUAAAGAAGAUCUGAGUUCUGAUGAUCCACAGAGGUUGAACCAGCAGCAGGGUGUUUGAGAAGAAACUGAUUGGAUCCUGAUGAUGAUGAUGAUGAUGAUGAUGAUGAUGAUGGUGAUGAACUUUUAGUUUUUUAUAUUUAGCAGAAUACUAUCCAUGAGAGGUUGAUGACUGCUUCUGUGUUGUAUUUACUUUAAACCAAUAAAACUAAAGUCAAGAUUAAAUAAAAAAUAUGAAAAUUA